UAAUUCUUUGAUAACAACGAUGACAUAGACUUUGGUAGGAGUGACAGAUAGCGGGAGUUAGAAAUUACUGUUGUGUCUAAUGUGAUAGUGUCAAUACGCAAUUUUGGUAAUAUGCAAAAAGCUUCGAGAUUAAAACGAGAGCUUGAAUUGAUGGUGAAGAGUCCACCAUCCGGUAUUUCAUGUACACUUAAGGAUGACAACUUUAAUGUGCUCGACGCAAGCAUUGUUGGUUUGGAAGGAACAGCUUAUGAGGCGGGAGUUUUUAAAUUAGAAAUUCAGAUACCAGAAAAAUAUCCAUUUGAACCACCCCAAGUGAAGUUCCUAACACCCAUUUAUCAUCCAAAUAUUGAUUCUGGUGGUCGAAUAUGUCUGGACCUGUUGAAAGUUGGGAAAUGGAAAGCUACCAUUACAUUAUCAUACCUCCUGAUGAGCAUACGACUUCUAUUGGCUGAGCCAAAUCCUAGUGACCCUCUGGUGGCAGAAAUUGCUGAAGAAUUUUUAUUCAACAGACCAUUGUUUGAUAAGACAGCAAGAGAAUGGACCAAACGACACGCCUGCUUGAACUUGGAAAUGCCUUCGGAGAAUGCAGAAGUGAGUCAUUCAUGUGGUGUGCGGAGUGAACCAAUGAAAAGAAAAUCUUGGCAAAUGGAAGAUCUUACCCAGGAGCCUAAUGCAUCAAAAUGUUUGAAAACCGAUUGAAUUUGUGUGUGUGUGUGUGUGUGUGUGUGAUAAUGGAUAUACUUCAUAACAGAAAAAUCUUGUUGUAAAUUGUGUUCUUUUUAUUCUUGAUUCCUGCCUUCAUAGUGCAUGAUACAGUCUUGCAUAGAUUUGCGUAAUUUUCAUUAGUUGUGCUCAUGCAGUGCAGAACAAGUCUUGAACAAUAGUAAAUCAAGAGGUUGUAAAUACAUUUCAUGACAGUUUCUAUUGUGAAAAGGUCUCUCCCAUUGAAAAUUUCUCAAUUGCAAAUCACAUAGCAACAAAUAAAACAUUACUAUUUACUGUUGCAGUGCCAUUUCGUUGCCAUUGUGUUUUCAUGUCAGGACUUUGUGUCAAAGAGAUCCUUUUAUUGAACUGUACAAGAGGGCUAUUUGGAAAGUAAGUUCUGUUAAUUUAUAUCAAAAGAAACACUAGUACAGCAAGAAGUUUUUCUUGUUAUAAACAAUUAUAUUAGCUACAGCUAUUUUUAUACUAAUUGACUUCUACAUUAAGGCUCUUGUUAUACUUAGGAAAAAGUUUUGUUGUAGAAUUCUGCUGCCUGUGAGCUAAUAAAUCAGCACUGUACACAUGUUCGAACAAUUCCCAAUUAAAAUGUUAAGCAACAUUUGUGUUCACGCAGCAGUAUCUGGCCUAGCUUUAUCUUACACAAAUAAGACGACAGAGCUCAACAUCCCACCCCCUUCAUUUUUGCAUGGCUCUUCUGACCUUUUUAGUGUUUCACUGUAAAUUUCGAGCUAUUGUGGUCCUCUUUCCAUAAAAUCAACAAAAACUACUACUUUUGUGUCCCAAAAAUAGUUGGCGUCAGUGCUUGUGCGAAAAAUGUUUGGCGGCUCUUUAAAGGUUUGCAUGAUGAGCUAGUGUGUCCUAAGUCCAUUGAUUCCCCCUCCCCCAUCUUGACGAAUGCAAUCCAUUUUUCAUCCCCUGGCUGUAAUGUGACUGAGGAAUUUGUCUCUUCCUGCUUCAUACCAUAUCAGAAACGUUAAUGCGACAGCAAACCACUUCGUGAUAAUGACAUCAGUUGCCCAUCAUGCUCAACAGUCAGUCACAAGUUUGCACAACAUUGUCCAUGAUACCUGAGGGAGACUGAUUGAUAAUUGUGUAAUCAUGAACUGAUUGUGUACUGAGUGUUGAAACAAAUCCGUUUGUCACAAUGGAUAUUCAUCCAUUUUUGUUCAACCUACCCGAAACAAAUGACACCACUUUCUUACCACACUCUCUCCUGUAAUGUUCUCUCUGUAUAAUGCACAAAGUUCACUAUAAAUAUGUAGCGUUUUCAUUGUUUUUAUACACAGAAAAAGGAUUAUAUAAAUUAAUUCACAGGUGACAGGAUAUUUUAUGAUAGUGACCUGUUUAAUAUACACUUACAGUGCAAACAACAGUUAAAUAAUCUUUCUUUAGCACGGUCAGAUUUGCACUGAGUUGGGCAAGACAGCUGUGAUGAAAUUACUCUGCAAUCCCCCUCCAUUAUAUACCAGACAGCAUUGGAACUAACUUUCUGAAUAGCCCUCAUAUAUAUUAUUUGGCAGUUAAACCAUUAUGUGUGCAUUACAUCAUCCAAUUCUUCACAUUUUGAGAGAGAGAGAGAGAGAGAGAGAGAGAGAGAGAGAGAGAGA